CCUCAUACAAGAGCAUCCCAAACUUGUCCCGGAGGAAGUCAAUUCAAGCUUAUCAACAAUGAAGAUCUCAUUUGUGCUUGUUUUAAUAUUUGGUUUGAUCAUGAUCUUCUCCAACAAUAGUGUGGAAGGUGAAUACAUCGAGAAUCCCUUGAGUUUCUCUCUUCACAGAGAUAAGGGAAAGGAAAACAUGGUUCAUGAUGAUAAAUCUGUCUUCAGUUCUAGUGUUGGUGGAAAGAGCAAUGAAGAAACUAAGAUGGACAUCAACAAUCUUGGAGAAAUGAAAGGAAAGAAUAUCGGAAAUCCAUCACUUGCCACCAAUAAAGCCAAAAGCAAAAACCAUGGCAAGGACAACAACAACAAGUGUGAUGGUGAUCCUAUUGCUCAAACCCAAGGCAUGUCCAUGGACACACACCAUGAGAUAUCGAUCGAUGACUACCGAAGGAUGUAUCAUAAUAUUCGUAAGCACCCUUAAAGCCUUGCAGCCUGGCACUGUUGACUCUUACUAGUAGUGUAUGUGUAGCAAAUUUGCUCAGUAUAUAGAGCAAAAUGGUUUCAAGUAAUAUGUGCUGCAUAUGUCCUUCGGUUGUGUCAUGGAUGACUGAGGCCUCCUGGUCAAUGUACUAAACUACUAAGUAAAAUAAAAUGUCCAUGACUAGAUUGGCUUGAUA